UCGGCCGAGGAAGACUCGGCCUCGCCCCCCGGCGCCGCCAGCGACGCCGAGCCGGGCGACGAGGAGCGACCGGGGCUGCAGGUGGACUGUGUGGUGUGCGGGGACAAGUCGAGCGGCAAGCACUACGGCGUCUUCACCUGCGAGGGCUGCAAGAGCUUUUUCAAGCGGAGCAUCCGCCGCAACCUCAGCUACACCUGCCGGUCCAACCGUGAUUGCCAGAUUGACCAGCAUCAUCGGAACCAGUGCCAGUAUUGUCGCCUCAAGAAGUGCUUCCGGGUGGGCAUGCGGAAGGAGGCGGUGCAGCGCGGCCGCAUCCCGCCCUCGCUGCCCGGCGCCGCGGCCGCCCCCCUGGCGGCGCGGCUGCUCUUCAGCACGGUGGAGUGGGCGCGCCACGCGCCCUUCUUCCCCGAGCUGCCGGUGGCCGACCAGGUGGCGCUGCUGCGCCUCAGCUGGAGCGAGCUGUUUGUGCUGAACGCGGCGCAGGCGGCGCUGCCCCUCCACACGGCGCCGCUGCUGGCCGCCGCCGGCCUGCACGCCGCGCCCAUGGCCGCAGAGCGCGCCGUGGCCUUCAUGGAUCAGGUGCGCGCCUUCCAGGCGCAGGUGGACAAGCUGGGCCGCCUGCAGGUCGACUCGGCAGAGUACGGCUGCCUCAAGGCCAUCGCGCUCUUCACGCCAGAUGCCUGCGGCCUCUCAGACCCAGCCCACGUGGAGAGCCUGCAGGAGAAGGCGCAGGUGGCCCUCACCGAGUACGUGCGGGCCCAGUACCCAUCCCAGCCCCAGCGCUUUGGGCGCCUGCUGCUGCGGCUGCCCGCCCUGCGUGCCGUGCCCGCCUCACUCAUCUCCCAGCUGUUCUUCAUGCGCCUGGUGGGCAAGACGCCCAUUGAGACACUGAUCCGCGACAUGCUGCUGUCGGGAAGUACCUUCAACUGGCCCUACGGCUCGGGCCAGUGACUGUUAUGAUGCUGAAUGGCUAUGGCCGGGUCUGCAGACCUCAAGGGACAUGGAUGCUGGGGCCUCGAGGGGGUGUCCCCCACCCCGGGCAGAGUACCCUGGCUUUUCUUCUCAGACUCCUAACUCCUCUGUUUUUUGAAGACUGUGAAAUGUUUGUCUUUUUUCUGUUUUUUAAAUGAUCACAAAACCAAAAAGAGACGAUCGCCCAGAACCUCUGGCCAGGUUGCGGGUGAGGGACGGAGGGUUGAAUCCUGGGACAGCCUUGUCCCUCAGAGUCCCAAGCAUGAACCCGUGGGACGGUGGGGUUGGCUUCUCUGACAUGAUGGACAAAGGCCUGGCGUCUGGACCAGAGGGGCAGGGGUAACGUGUGCCAGGCGGUCCUCUGGACAUGUGACCACGUUGGACACUACAUGAAUAAGUCAAGGCCAAUAAUAAAGACGUUUCCUACCUGCA